CACCCACUCAGCUUCAUCCUCCUGCACCCCCCACGCUACAGUCUUCUCUCAAACUCCACGACGAUGCAUUCAAUGCCUUGCUCAACCUCUUACCAGCACACCUGUAUUUGGGUCCGGAAGAUUCUACGCUAUCGCAGCAGGAAGAAGAAGAUGCGCAGGGGAUUUCUAAUAGGUUUAUGAAACAUAAGAGGAAGAAGGAUAAGGAGGAAGAGGAGAGGUUGAGAAAGGAGAAGAGUAGAGCUGGGAAGAGAGCAAAGCUCGACCCGGCUAAUCAGAAGACUAUCCCGGAGGUUCAAGCAGAGAGGAGGGAGAGGGCAGCUGCGGCCGAAGCGUUGGCGGAUGCGCAGAGCGAUUCCGACGCUGGAUUACAGGAUGGAUGGCAGGACGAUGACGACGAAGAGGAGGAGGAGGAUGAAGAGGAGGAGGAGGAGGAGAUCGACGACGAUGAAGAGGUCGCCGAGCAAGACGAUGGGGGAGGGUCUGGACCAGCUGGACAAGUACCGGGCGCUAGCAAGGGGGCAAGCAGCAUAGCGGAACUCAAAGCGAGAUUACAAGCGAGAUUGAGCAAGCUGGCCAAGAAGCGCAACGCACCGUUCACCGCACCCAACUCUUCGAUCACGUCGAAGGGUGCAGAGGGGACCGGGGAUGAGGGUGAGCUGGCCUCUAGCAAGGAUGAGCUGUUGGAAGAGAGGAGGCGCAAGAGGUUGGAAGGCAAGAAAGCGGGAAGAGAGAGGAAGAAGGCGGAAAAGAGGGAGGCCAAGGAAGCGAAAAGGAGAGCUGAAAAGGAAAAGCUGGACAAGAAAAAGGGAGGCAAAGGCAAAUCCCCCUCGACUCCUUUGGCUGGCGAGAAUGGCGGAGUGGGAAGAGUGGGCGCCAAAACGAACGGUGGCGGGAAUGGGGAUCUCGGAUCUAAUCGUGCGCCUGCACUCAUUGUCCCUGACCACUCGGUAGCGGAGCACAAGACUUACAAGAGCAUAGAUACGUCGGCAUCCGACGUGACUUUUGGCAAGGUCCAAUUCGAAGGCGAAGGCGAUGCAUCUCCUCACAAAAAGUCUAGACAUUCCCUCCCUUCCAAUCCCAAACAAGCUUUGCACGUUCUGGAAGCGCGUAAGGCUAGGGAAGCUAAACGUGUGGCGACUGAUGAAGCGGAAGGCAAGAACUCGGAAGCGACGCAAGCUAGGAAGGAGAAGGAAAGAGAGCGUAAAGAUAGAGAGAGGUGGGAAAAGGCUCAGAUGAGCGCGGAAGGUGUAAGGUUGAGAGAUGAUGAGGCGCUACUGAAGAAGGCGGCCAAGAGACGGGAUAAAGAAAAGAGCAAGAGCAAGGAGGAAUGGGCCAAACGAGCCGAUCAGCUCAAAUCGGACCAAGCAGCAGCUCAGAAACGUCGAACGGAUAAUCUAGCGGCUCGAAGAGAUGCGAAAAUCAACAAGCACAAGGGUAUCAAGCAACCCAAAAAAGCCUUUAACGGUGCUUCUUCGUCCUCCUCCUCCUCGAGGGAUAGAAAGAGCGGAGGUGCGCAGGGAGGUGGCAAGAGGAGCAAAGCUAGACCGGGCUUUGAGGGCAAAUUACCGGGCAAAUUCUCUUCCGGUGCGCCCGCAAAGGGUCAGAACAAGGGACGCAAGAAAUGAAAGCACUCGGAAUGUGGUUGGGACUGGGGUUACCUGAACGUCUUGGGGCGGUCUCGCUUGUGACAGGCAUGCGACGCAUUGAGGAACACUGCUUCGCCGCUUUUCUUGGGGUCCACGAGCAAUGUGGAUAAGCGUGCGUGUGGCCCCUUUUGCGCUCCUUUGGGCUUGUGUGAGAGGAGCGCG